UGUGCUUUAUGCGCAUGGUCUGAGAAAACAGAUUCCAGUAACUGAUAUUCCUGAACUGCUGCCGUUUGCUUUUCGAAAUCUUGGUGUUGAUGUCGACCUUCUUGAGUUGGAGAAUCUGUUUCUGGACUUGGCGGCAUCUUUCCGGCCACCAAGUGGCAGUGGUGUUACUGGUUUGUGGUGUGAGCCACAUGAAUUACUUUCUUUGUUUCUGCAGCCUGUUAGCAAUGGCAAGUUUUCUGGUCCUGGCUUCCGCUUUGACAACUUUUGUCAUUUCCGCGGUAUGGGCGGUUACCGGUACAAAAAAAACAGGUGGUGAAUUGGUGUCGGUCCAAGCAUAUGGUACGUGGAAACAUGCUUUUUUCAGCAGGGUUUCCACAUCCGAUCGUCAGGGAUCGGAUUUGUCAGCUAUGGAUGUCUUCAAUCAAGCAAAGACAUACAAGAACUGGAUCGAGCAUAUGGAAAGGGAUCUUGAGCGGAUAGUUAGCCGCACAUACGCUGCUCGUUUGGAGUUUAGGGUAAAGUCGACCAUUGACUUUACUCGGUGUAUUGCUGAUUUCAUCCCAACGGGUAUAUCGUUUGGGUUAAAACACAAGACCUUUUUGACUUUGUUCGUUUCCGUCUCCUUGCUGUUGACCCUAUUGCUCGUUCUUCUUUGGUGGCUAACCAAAAGUUCACUUACAAGGCCUUGACCACGUCGAUGUUGCUUUCCUUCUUUUUGAAUUCUUAAAGACGGUCGUACUGGUGAUGUUCUCAAGCUUAUCAGAAAGUACCAAAAUGAAGUUACCACUUUCCCCCUUUGUGCCUUCUCUGUUGGGUCAUCGUCAAAGCAACUUUGCGAUUGCAGAAGAGUUAGCCGCCCUUCGACUGAGUCGUAUCUUUGGAGCCACUCUUUUAUAACAGAUAGGUAACAGUAUAAAUAUCAUCUUCCCCCCAUUCA